AUGUCCAUUGUGCACCAGGAGUCGAUCGGUAUAUGUUUAAGCGUAGAACGCGACGCUCCAUUUCUUAUGACGUACCAGAAACUGGAAGUGCUAAUCCCAAAUGCAAUUAUGAACUUGAGCGCGUCGUCACCUCUUCUCAUUACACACCUUGUUCUGUCUAAUAUCAAUUCAGUUUGCCAAAAUAAACCGAGCGAACCAAAUACUUUCGGAUCCAAAAAAAAAAAAGUCUACGAUAAAUUGGGCCAUGCCGGAAUCCAGAUGUACGAACAAUCCGGCGAGAGUGACGCCGUCAUGUCGAUGAUACUGAUGGGUGGCUGUGCCCGAUUCUGCAUCAUCGCCACCUUCCUGUUCACCGGGUGCUGCUUCUGCUUCUGCUGUUGCUUCUGUUGCACGUGCUUCCGGUCAAAUCGAGGCCCAGGCGAGUACGAAUAUCCGGAUGACGAACCCACCACAGACCAACCCGGGGCUCAGCCGGGUAUGGGCGAGGAAGGGGCCAUGCCCAUGCCACCACCCAAGGCCUACGCACGCCCCGAAACUACUGAGGACUCCGAGGCUAAGCAAGCGGCCGCAAAGGCGAUGAUGGAGAAUAUGACUGAGCAAGAACAAGAGGAGAUCAGAGCGCGAGUGAACAACCGGUACGGCUCGUUUGAGCCGAGCCCUGCCACGGGCGCGACGGUCAUCCCCGCACCACCGUCGGAUAGCUCGAGUGCCACUGCCCGGGAGCCAGUAGAUGGUGUGAAAGAGCGUCCACAAUACUGUCCGCAUUGCUCGACCAGUCUGGCGUACAGCAAGGGAGAUGAGUGCCCAGCGUGCUUUGAAGAUAUUUAUAGCACAGACUUGAAGGAAGAGUAG